ACGAAGGGCACCAUGACAGUAGCAGCAGGCAUAGGAUACGCGUUGCUAGCCCUUGGACCUUCUCUCUCUCUGUUCGUCGUUGUAAUCGCCAAGAAACCUUUCUUGAUUCUAACUGUCCUGUCAAGUACAUUGUUAUGGCUAGUGAGCCUGAUUGUUCUUUCGGGAGUGUGGAGGGCAUUUCUUCCCCUGAAAUCGACAACAUGGUGGCCCUAUGGAAUUCUUAUCAUCACAUCUGUUGGUUUUCAGGAAGGUCUUAGGAUUUUAUUCUGGAGGGUUUACAAGAGGUUGGAAGAUAUCUUGGAUGCUUUUGCUGAUAGAAUUUCAAAACCUCGCCUUUAUUUGACAGAUAAGAUGCAAAUUGCUCUUGCUGGAGGUCUGGGUCAUGGUGUGGCCCAUGCUGUCUUUUUCUGUGUUAGCCUCUUAACACCUGCUUUUGGUCCAGCAACCUUUUAUGCUGAUCGGUGCUCAAAGAUACCCUUCUUCCUUGUUUCGGCACUUAUUUCUCUUGGGUUUGUUACCAUCCAUACCUUCUCAAUGGUCAUAGCAUUCAAUGGCUAUGCAGAAGGAAAUAAAACAGAUCAAAUAUUCGUUCCUGUUGUUCAUCUAAUUGCUGGAAUGGUGACACUGAUUAAUCUUGCAUCCGGGGGUUGUGUUGUUGGAAUUCCUAUCCUCUAUUUUGUGGCAGCCUUGACCCUGUUGCAUUGUAGUAAGAUGGUGUGGAGAAGAUUCACAAAAAAUCGAAGCGGACAAGAUUGUUCAUGAGGGCUAUGGCCAUCAAAUCCUGUUAUACAGUCCUCUGCCUCUUUCGUUUGACCUUUGUUGUGCAGCUAAUCUAGGCCUGUAUCAGAGAGAAUUCCUUUGGAAACUCCAUAAAUGUUUUGUUUUGCAUAAGAAAUUUCUUGUGGACAUUAUGCAUCAACUUUCUAGUUUUGGGAUGAAAGAAAGACAAUCUCUGUUGUCCAUUAAAUAUAGUCCUUUCUAUCACACCUCUGCCGUUCAUUGUUGAUCUGAGUGUAAAAGAUUAUUAAAGGUUCUUUGUAGUGAUUUACCAUUCAUUUGCAUUUUGCGAAGUACAAUUGACCAUUAAGAAUGAGAUGAAAUUAGAGCU